AUGGAUCAACCUGACCGGCAAGAUGCGCGCAUCAUCGUCGGCCUGUUCUACGACGAGACGGCGACGCGUGUCUUCUGCGAGGUAUACAGGAACGACCUGUACGGCAAGAAAUACGUCUGGUUCAUCCUCGGCUGGUACGAAAACGACUGGUACACGAAGACCGUGGAGGAUCUUGAACAUAGACUGAAGGAAGCGCACAUGGAGAUCGGCACCCGACAGAGCUUCGUCUCUGAUCCCACAGACGCCGUGAAGAAUCUAAAGAUUAGCAACGAAUGUGUCGCCAAGUUGAAGACCUUACUGCGGGUCCGCAUUGAAAACCCGCGUAUGAAGCUCGGUUUGAUGCACCUAGUAACAAUAUCCAAGGUGAUAUCUCAAGUACCGUUUACUGCUCAGUACAAGCUUGCACAACAGCAGGGAUCGCUGCGAAACUGCUCUCCGAGCAAUAAGACUGAGAAGAGGCUGCAGAAGCGCAACGACAGUCUGAAGAACUUCACUUACCAGCGACGCGACAUCAUGCGCGAGAUCUACGCGGCCAUGAACAGCACCAGCUUCAUCGGCGUGUCGGGAAACGUCACCUUCUCACAAGCUGGUGACCGUAUUGCCCUGACACAGUUGGAACAGAUGAUCAAUGGAACGUAUGUUGGAACAAUCGCAAUUCAUGAGCAUUCAUUCAACAUCUACUUCAGGAAGCGAAGGUACAUCCGUAUGUCUGCGCCGAACCUGAACAACAUCAGCAUGGUUGGCAUCUGCAUCUGUCUGUUCAGCAUUGUACUGCUCGGUCUGGACAACAGACUGCUCUACCAGCAUCAGAAUGGCUUCACCUUCGUCUGCAAGAUGCGGGCAUGGCUGCUUACCAUUGGCUUUACACUUGCCUAUGGAGCCAUGUUUGCUAAGGUGUGGACCGUACAUCGACUAGCAACCAAGGCCAAGAAGGAUGCCAAGAAAGCCAUAGGCAAGCUGAUCCAGAGCUGUCAUCGACGCCUGUUGCAUAUCUCGCCGGAACUCGAAACCUCGGCUCUUAACAAUGAGUUUAGCUACGAGGACCUCGGCGGCUGGCGUCUGUACGUCGUCAUCGUCGUGCUCCUCGCCAUUGACGUCAUCAUGCUCGGGGCGUGGGAGCUGAAGGACCCGCUCGGACGCGUCAUGGCGCAGUUCCCGAAGGAGGACGUCAUGACAGACGAGGACAAGAGCCUGCUGCCGAUGCUCGAACACUGCAAGUCGCGCAACCACGAGAUCUGGCUCGGGGUCAUGUAUGCCUAUAAGGGCCUGGUGCUUAUAUUCGGCAUUUUCCUCGCGUACGAGACGCGGAGUCUGAAGAUCAAGCAGAUGAACGAUUCGCGGUUCGUGGGAAUGAGCAUCUACAACGUUGUGGUGCUCUGUCUCAUCACGAGUCCCGUGACGAUGAUCAUCGACGACCAGCAGAACGCCAGCUUCACGUUCGUCUCGCUCGCCAUCAUCUUCUGCAGCUUCCUCACGAUGGCGCUCAUCUUCAUCCCCAAGUUCAUGACGCUGUGGCGCUAUCCUCGGGAAGGGUCCGAGUCGACGGCCCUCACCGAUAACUUUCCCAGCAAGGAGGAGGAGGAGCGUCUGCAGAAGUUGACAGCAGAGAACGAAGAGAUCAAGAAGCAGAUUGCGGAGAAAGAGGAGAAGAUCCGGAGCUUGAACGCGGCGUUACAAGAGCGAUCCCGUCUACGAGCCGCCAUCACCGCCAAGCAGGCAGGUGCUGCCAUCACCGGCGCCGCCGUCGCGCUCGCAGCGCCCUCACACGCCGGAACCGGCACGCCACCUAGCGAGCCGGCGAGCCAGGAGACCAUCGCGGAACAGGACGAGUACACGUUCACGAUCGACUGCGAUCCGGCGAUAUGUCCGAUGGCGACGCCCGAGUCGAGCUUCAUCGUCGAUCCGAACUCGGAUUCGGGCAUACACAGCGCGUCGAACGCGAAGAGCAGCAAGGGAUCAGCGGCAGCGAUUCCCAAUGCGCUGCCCCAGCGCCACCAAGCGGCCGGCGCGGCACCCAACGCUUUCCAAUACACGAUCGCCGUCGACGUCGCUUGUGGCGCCCCCGCGGCCGGUGGCGCCCCCGCGUGCAGCUUUGCUGCCAGCUCGGAUUCCGGCGUGCACGGUUGCAGUACGGGAAAGAAUCGGAGCGGCUCGGCUGGCGGCGGCGAGCAGGGGAAGGAGGUUCCUCCCUCGCCGCCGCUGCCGCCUCCUCUCGCCGCCGGUGACGCGUUGCCGACAUGA